CUGCUCUGUACAAGUUUCUCUUAUUGCAUAAUUAUUUUUUCAGUUUCUCCCUAUUUCACAUAAUCAUGGAUUGUUCUAUGGGAUACCAAUAUGAUACAUGCAUAAUCUGUGAUGCGGGUAAAUAGUAGGACGAUUUAAUCAGGAAAAGGACAGGUGUAAAAUAUGUCUCUCAAAUAAAUGUGCAAGCUUUCGGAGUGCCACAGGACGCUGCAAUUGUUAUGUCAAGUUCUGGUGGUACUCACAUAAGCCAGUCACACAGCUAAAAUAAUCAAAAAGCGUGCUUAGAAAAAUCACACCAAAACACCUCCAUUGUUUACUAGGGAGCAGCUGUGCAACCGUUAGCUGCGGGGAAAGGAGUACUGAGGUCAGAGAGGAAGAGAGGUGGGUUGAGCACAUUGCCUGCUAGUCUAGCGCACUCUGUUUGUGUAGCUGCUCAUCCUCACAAGAUGUCAACAGCUCUCUAUGUUACGUUCCAGCACCUCCUGACCAGUGUAGCACUCCAGCUUCUGACCUCAGGUAGCUUAUCUUGGAGCUUAAACCCAACACUGGCACCGCCACUCCAUGUGAUAGUAAAUGGCGAAAGGAAGACCCUGGUAAUUUGUCUGGUGAACGAUCUCUCUGAGGACGCAUUGGGGGCCGUUCGGUUUUCCAACGGAAAUGGGAGCAUGCUGGAGUCUUUCACCUAUGGGAUUUCUAGGGAAGACGAUGGAACUUUCAGCAGCAUCUCUCAACUCUCCAUCAGCACCAAAGAAUUUGGAUCAUGGAGUACAGUCGCUUGCUACGUCGCACCAAACGAAACUUCAACGACAUGGAGCACCACCUCCCUUCAACUCUCAGAAGAAAAUAUGGGAGAUCUCUGCCUGAGUGAAGAGGAAGAAGCCCAAGAAGAGUCAUUGUUCAUUGAAGAUCUGCAUAGCCGCUCACAGAUCUUACUUCUCCUGGCUAUCAGAAUUUUGCUCUUCAAGUUGCUCCUGUUUGACGUGUUGAUGACCUGCGGCAUUGUUUACAAGAGGUAA